GCCUGCGCAGGCCUCAGGUCUCCCGCAGCCAAUAUGGCGGCUCUCUGUGUGUUCUGCGGCACAGCAGGGUCCUACCGCCUCUUUCUUGGGAGUAGGGUUAGUCUUGCCCGGGGACAAGGCCUCUGGAAAGCCGCGGCUGCUGAGUUGCAGACAGGUACCGGAUCCCAGAUCUUAAGGCUAAGACAUACCACAGUUGUAACAACAAAGAAAAAUGUUGCAGCCUUGAGACGUGAAACUUACACAGUGGAUUUUAUUAAAAAGCAGAUUGAAGAGUUCAACAUAGGAAAGAGACAUUUAGCCAACAUGAUGGGAGAAGAUCCAGAAACUUUUACGCAAGAGGAUAUUGAUAGAGCUAUUGCUUACCUUUUCCCCAGUGGUUUGUUUGAGAAGCGAGCCAGGCCAGUAAUGAAGCAUCCUGAACAGAUUUUUCCAAAACAAAGAGCAAUCCAGUGGGGAGAAGAUGGCCGUCCAUUUCAUUUUCUGUUUUAUACUGGCAAACCAUCGUAUUAUUCAUUAAUGCAUGAAGCAUAUGGAAAGAUACUAGAUGUGGAAAAACAUCAAAAUCAAUUGCGAGCUCGAGAUCUGUUUUCAGAAAAAAUUAAAACCAAAGACCUGAUUGGCAGCAGAUGGCUCAUUAAGGAAGAACUAGAAGAAAUAUUAGUGGAAAAACUGUCAGAUCAAGAUUAUGUGCAAUUCAUUCGGCUGCUAGAAAGGUUAUUGACAUUGCAGUGUGGUGCUGAUGAAGAAGAAUUUGUGCAGAGGUUUCGUAGGAGUGUAACUAUUCAAUCAAAAAAACAGCUGAUUGAACCUUUGCAGUAUGACGAGCAAGGGAUGGCCUUCAGCACAAGCGAAGGUAAAAGGAAGAGUGCAAAGGCAGAAGCAGUUGUGUAUGCACACGGAAGUGGAAGGAUCAAAGUGAAUGGCACUGAUUAUCUGCUUUACUUCCCAGUGACCCAGGACAGAGAACAGUUGAUGUUCCCUUUUCACUUCCUUGACCGGCUUGGAAAACAUGACGUGACCUGCACAGUCUCGGGUGGCGGGCGGGCGGCGCAGGCCGGAGCCAUACGCUUGGCCGUGGCGAAAGCCUUGUGCAGCUUUAUCACCGAGGAAGAGGUCGAGUGGAUGAGACAAGCUGGACUGCUUACUGCUGAUCCACGUGUCCGGGAACGGAAGAAGCCAGGCCAAGAGGGAGCCCGCAGAAAGUUCACCUGGAAGAAGCGCUGAGUGUGUUUUCGCAGGAAAGGAGAGGAAGCGCUGUGGGUGUGUGCCUGGCGUGCGGCAGACGCACAGUCAAUAUUUGCCUGCCAGUGUGAGGGCAACACUAUCAGACAUUUGCGUUGUGAGAUGAUUUAUUUUUAAAUGCUGCUUUGUAAAGGUUACCUUUUAAAAAUAAUUUUUAAAAAAUGUUUAGCUUCCAUCUGCUGCUUUAUUUUUUAAACUUUUUCAGAAGAUAGUUUUAGAAGCAUAAUUCAUAGAAUCUUGGCAUAUUAGACAUGAAAGGAACAUUCUGCAAAAUCUAAUCAAGUAACCUCAAUUUGCAGACAAGAAGGCCCAGCCCCCAAAAUUAAGUGAGCCACCAGAGCCACAGUCCUAAUUUAUUGAGGGAACUAGACUUGAAUUCACUUCUCCUGAUUCUGUUGUUUUCCCAUAUGGGGGUUGUUAGAAGGUAUUUUUCAAAAUUGAGAGAUGAGUGCCUGUUGAGAAGAAUGAAAUAAGUUGAGUGUCUUUGUCAGGAGCUCAGCCCAGCUGGAGAGGGCUGAGUUGCCAGGUGUCCACGUAGCUGAUUAAGGCAACAAGCCAAUUCUGUC